CUUAUAUAUAACAAAUUCGCGGUGUGAGCGCUAUAGUGGCGCUUGAGCCAUGGAGUAAAUAUUAUACCCUUACGAAAGACGGGAGUUCUAAAGACUCAUCUCGAAGGCGAAAAUUAGGCAUGCACUUAUGCUGCCAUCGACUAUGACCAGCAUAUUCACGGCCAGCUUGGGGUUAUUCUCACUAACUCUCAUAUAUAUCUGCUACCACGCAGCAAACCUGACAGUUUCUCCACAAGGAUGCCGGAUGUCUUGGAUGUCUCCAUCUUACCUCCUCCAACACGAGUUCAACUCCUCAUGGACGCCAUUAGCACACCGGUAUUCGCUCUGGUUAUACCGCGAGGUGGGAUGGGAUUCCAACCAGGUCAUGGGUGUACCAGUUCUGUUCAUUCCCGGAAACGCUGGCUCGUCGCACCAAGUCCGCUCCAUCGCGUCCUCUGCUACAAGACAAUAUUUUUCGUCUCCUUUUGUCAUCUCCAGCGACUUUACGGGUCGUGGAAUUCAGUCGCUGGACUUUUUUGCUGUGGAAUUCAACGAAGACCUUUCGGCGUUCCACGGACCUACUAUUGAGGCACAGAUCGAAUACUCCGCUGCGGCGGUACGUUACAUCCUUUCGCAUUAUCCCCCUAAUACCCGAAUUAUCGUCAUGGGUCAUUCGAUGGGGGGCAUCGUAGGGACAGCUCUUCUCCCAUCUGACGAUAUAUCUGCAUUGAUAACCAUGUCCACUCCCCACACGCUACCCCCUGCACGCUUCGACGCACGUGUAGAUGAGAUAUAUCGACGAAACGCUGGAACUUUGGCGAAUGACUCGACGCCCGUCGUAUCGAUAUGUGGAGGGGCUACAGACAUGAUGAUUCCCUCUGAAUCUUGCAUUCUGCCAGAUCCUGGUCCCGAACGUGAUAUAUAUCGUCGUACAGUCUUCACAUCUGCACUAGAGGGUGCAUGGACUGGGGUUGGUCAUCGCGAGAUGGUGUGGUGUCAUCAGGUGCGAUGGCGGGUUGCUCGUGCUGCCCUUGAGCUUGGAGAAGCACAUUCCGAUAUAGACAUUGGAUGCACAAUAGACACCUGGCUUAGUAGAGAUGGCCGUCUCUUUCCUCCCGUAGCAGGUACAGAUAUCCCCGAGGCAGCGACUUACGAGGUUCUCCCCGAGGGCAUGGAUUUGGUCACGAGAAAACCCACUGGAUCUCGGACAUACCUCCUCCCUAUACCGCGUGCUCUUGAAAUGAACGCUACGUUUGUCUUGUUGGUAUCACGAGGUAGCAUAUCACCCAUCGCACCCCACCAUUCGAGCAAACUUCAGACAGCACCUUUCUUUUGUGUUGGACGUGCGACAUCGCCGACAAUACAACAAUCUACAGAGUCUGUGUCGUGCGUACCGCUCGAGCCCAGUACUCUGAAACUUUUGCCAAGUCCUAUUCCGGGAAAGCCUUUUCCAGUACCAGAUGAAGGGUCCGAUGAGAGCGAGGGCGUCGUCCUUUUCGAGGCCACAAUACCACGUAUACCUAGUGGUGUGGAUAACGCUUGGAUCGGUGUUCAUGUUGACGCUGCCGGUGAAGAUGGUUGGGUUUUCGGAGGAUUUGACGAGACUCGAACUUUUCAAAGUGAUAUUGGUGUCUUUGACAUUGUUGCUGGUGGUGCAAAGCUUUCGCUGCAACCUACCGAGCGGAAUCUGGUGCGAAGGCACAUUACCUUUACAAAGUUACUCUCGAACGCGCUCGUGGUAUACGCACUCACUCCAGAAUCAGUGCGUCCCACGACGUCUUGUGCACAUUCUCUGUCAUUACUUCCCCCGCUUUUGGUGCACAAGUCUCAUCCAGCAGAAACUCAUUAUCAUCGCCUAGAACAUAGGACAUCAGCAACUCUCCAUACACACGCAUCAGCGCCAUACAUACCCCUCUCACGGUUUUCUCCAUCCUAUAGCUCAGAGCUCUGGAUAUACGCGGUCAGCACUGGCUGCGAAGAUGUCAACGAAUUUACUUUGACUAUCGACUGGUGGGCAACGAUCGGGAGGAUUGCUACGAGGUAUCCUACCACCCUGAUAAGCUGGGCUGUAGGUGUGGUUGUGCUGUUGAUGUUCCACGCAUGGCGCGAGAGCGGGAAGGGUUCAAUGCCGAAUGUGUCACAAUCAUUGGUCGCCUUCAUCUGUCACCUCCUGCCUAAACUGCUUGUUGCAUCCUUCGUUGUAGCCCUAUUGCCCUUGAGCCCCGGCUACUACUUAGGAACUCGAGGGGAGCCAUUUCUCGCAUUCCUUGCGCCAGUCCUGCUGGUUGUUGCCACAGGUCUAGUAUGUGUCAGCUGGUGGCUCGUUUUACUCCUCAUGUGGCCCUUGAGAUUCCUCACCCGGUUGCUGCCACCAAAGAGUAGGCGAUACGAUGAACUGAGCAUGCCGCGAAGCACCAUUGUCUCUCUCAUUUUCAUUUGUUUUCUGGUGUUCGUGGUGGUCCCAUGGCAAAUUGCAUUUAUGGGAUGCUGGUUGAUUCACUUACACACAUGUGCGAGUUCAGCGCAUCGAAAGCCUUACCCUGGCUCUGUGCCUUCUCUCCGGAGCACACCCAUCGAAUCGCUUCCUCUGCGCGAGCGCCUUGACGGUCGCGAGGAUAACACAAAAGGCACUGGACCCGAAGAAAUAAAGCCUUCCGAAGAGCCUGAAAUUCAGGAUGCGUGCCGGGUUCGGAAUUUGGCUACUGUUACCGAUACUCUAAAUGCUACCCAAACAUACCAUGAGAACACGCAUCUCCUGUUACUGAUAACUUGGCUUCUGCCUUUGUCGAUGCCUGUGCUCGCGGUUUGGAUGCGAACCCUGAUGACUGCUGGGUAUACUGCCCCUUUCAACGGCGAUCACAAUGUUUUCAAGGUUGCGCCGUUCCUCGUGCUUGUUGAGUUUGCAAGUCGCAGAAAAAGUGCUUUAUCAUUGCAUCAAAAUGGGGGAUCAUACCUUCACUGGGGAUACCUCAUUGUCGCCUGUGUGUCAUUUUUGCUAGGUUCCCGAGAAGCAUACAGGGUGUUCGAUGUUGCAAGUAUGUACAUCGGGUGCGCAUUAGUUGUAAUAUUCAGCCCUGUCCGUUUUGCUAGACGCAUUGCUACAUGAUGAUUCAAAGGCGAUUUGUUUCGAUGUUUGUGCUGUGCAGAUAUUCACUUUCGCUGUUAAUGGAACGCUUUCACACUAUGGAGAAGACAUUGUCUGCUUCUAUGGUAUGAGCUGGCUCGGAUACCAGCGCCCACUAAAGCCCGCCG